GCGGGCAUGGGCCUGGUGUCCCAGCACCCCUAGGGACCCUCGAGCCUCGCCCCUCUGCUCGGACUCGCCCGACCGACGCGAUGGCCUCGGAAGUGGUGUGCGGGCUCAUCUUCAGGCUGCUGCUCCCCAUCUGCUUGGCCGUAGCGUGUGCAUUCCGAUACAAUGGGCUGUCCUUUGUCUACCUUAUCUACCUCUUGCUCAUUCCUCUGUUCUCAGAACCAACAAAAGUGACGAUGCAAGGACAUACGGGACGGUUAUUAAAGUCUCUGUGCUUCACCAGUCUUUCCUUCCUGUUGCUGCACAUCAUUUUCCACAUCACACUGGCUAGCCUUGAAGCUCAACACCGUAUUGCACCUGGUUACAACUGCUCAAUAUGGGAAAAGACAUUUCGGCAGAUCGGCUUUGAAAGCUUAAAGGGAGCUGAUGCUGGCAACGGGAUCCGAGUGUUCGUACCUGAUAUUGGGAUGUUCAUCGCUAGUCUGACCAUUUGGCUCGUUUGUAGAAACAUUGUCCAGAAGCCCAUAAUAGAAGAAGCUGCACAAUAUAACCUGGAGUUUGAAAGUGAAGAAUUGACUGGAGGAGAAAAAAUAGACUCAGAAGAGGCACUAAUCUAUGAAGAGGAUUUAGACGGAGGAGAUGGUGGUGAAGGCGAGUUGGAAGAAAGCACCAAAUUAAAAAUAUUCCGCAGGCUUGCCUCUGUAGCUUCCAAGCUUAAGGAGUUCAUCGGCAACAUGAUAACCACUGCUGGAAAAGUUGUUGUCACCAUUCUACUGGGUUCCUCAGGUAUGAUGUUGCCAUCUUUGACCUCAUCCGUGUAUUUCUUUGUGUUUUUGGGUCUGUGUACCUGGUGGUCCUGGUGUCGGACAUUCGAUCCAUUGCUAUUCAGCUGUCUCUGUGUUCUGCUGGCUAUUUUCACUGCUGGACACUUGAUUGGACUUUAUUUAUACCAGUUCCAAUUCUUUCAAGAAGCAGUUCCACCCAACGACUACUAUGCAAGGUUAUUUGGUAUCAAAUCAGUAAUUCAAACAGACUGUUCGAGUACUUGGAAGAUCAUAGUAAACCCAGAACUGUCGUGGUAUCACCACGCCAACCCCAUCCUGCUGCUAGUGAUGUACUAUACUCUGGCCACUCUGAUUCGCAUCUGGCUGCAAGAACCCCUAGUGCAGGAUGAAAGGCCCAGGGAAGAGGACAGAGCCCUGGCUUGUAGCCCCAUCCAAAUAACAGCCGAGAGGAGACGGAGCCUGUGGUAUGCAACCCAUUACCCCACAGAUGAGAGAAAACUUCUAUCCAUGACCCAGGAUGACUACAAGCCAUCUGAUGGCCUGCUUGUGACUGUGAAUGGAAACCCUGUGGACUACCACACCAUCCACCCCAGCCUCCCCAUGGAGAAUGGCCCUGGCAAAGCCGACCUGUACUCGACCCCACAGUACCGAUGGGAACCCUCCGACGAACCCUCAGAAAAGAAAGAGGAAGAGGAGGAAGAGAAAGAAGAAUUUGAAGAGGAACAAAGCCACGAGGAGAAAAGAAGCGUCAAAGUUCAUGCCAUGGUCUCCGUGUUCCAAUUCAUCAUGAAACAAAGCUAUAUCUGUGCCCUCAUUGCCAUGAUGGCCUGGAGCAUCACCUAUCAUAGCUGGUUGACGUUCGUGCUGCUUAUCUGGUCGUGCACUCUUUGGAUGAUUCGCAACAGAAGAAAAUAUGCCAUGAUCAGCUCUCCUUUCAUGGUGGUUUAUGGAAAUCUAUUGUUGAUAUUACAGUAUAUAUGGAGUUUUGAGCUUCCUGAAAUUAAAAAGGUCCCAGGAUUUUUAGAAAAGAAAGAGCCAGGAGAACUUGCUUCAAAGAUUCUUUUCACUAUUACUUUUUGGCUGCUUCUGAGGCAGCACCUCACAGAGCAAAAAGCUCUUCAAGAAAAGGAAGCCCUUUUAUCUGAAGUCAAAAUUGGCAGUCAGGAAAACGAAGAAAAAGAUGAGGAACUUCAAGACAUCCAAGUGGAAGGAGAGCCCAGAAAGGAGGAGGAAGAAGAGGAAGCCAAGGAAGAGAAGCAAGAGAGAAAGAAGGAAGAGAAGGAGGAAGAGGAAGAGGAAGAAGAAGAAGAUGACCAGGACAUCAUGAAAGUGCUGGGCAACUUGGUGGUGGCCAUGUUCAUCAAGUACUGGAUCUAUGUCUGUGGAGGCAUGUUCUUCUUUGUCAGCUUUGAGGGUAAAAUCGUCAUGUACAAAAUCAUCUACAUGGUGCUGUUCCUGUUCUGUGUGGCCUUGUAUCAGGUACACUAUGAGUGGUGGAGGAGAAUUCUAAAAUAUUUUUGGAUGUCAGUGGUUAUUUACACUAUGCUGGUGCUCAUCUUUAUAUACACAUAUCAAUUUGAAAACUUCCCAGGCCUGUGGCAAAACAUGACUGGGCUGAAAAAGGAAAAGCUUGAGGAUCUUGGCUUAAAGCAGUUUACUGUGGCUGAACUAUUCACUCGAAUAUUCAUCCCAACCUCCUUUCUGCUGGUGUGCAUUUUACACCUGCACUAUUUCCAUGACCGGUUCCUUGAGCUCACAGACCUCAAGUCCAUUCCCAGCAAAGAAGACAACACCAUCUACAGCCAUGCCAAAGUCAAUGGCCGCGUAUAUCUAAUAAUAAAUAGCAUCAAGAAAAAAUUACCAAUCCACCAAAAUGAACUGGCCCACCCUGAAGGGAGCCUCCCGGACCUCACCAUGAUGAAUCUGGCCGCCAGCCUGGAGAAGCCGGAAGUGAGGAAGUUGGCUGAGCCCAGGGAGGAGAAGCCUGAGGGAUGCUCUGAAAAGGCCGAGAAGGGCGAGCUUGGGAAAGACAGCGAGGAGUCAGAGGACGGAGAGGAAGAGGAGUCAGAGGAAGAGGAAGAAACAUCAGAUUUAAGGAACAAAUGGCAUCUUGUGAUUGACCGCCUCACUGUGCUGUUCUUAAAAUUCCUGGAGUAUUUUCACAAGCUGCAGGUGUUCAUGUGGUGGAUUUUGGAGUUGCACAUCAUCAAAAUUGUUUCAUCAUAUAUUAUCUGGGUUUCUGUGAAAGAGGUGUCUCUGUUCAACUAUGUGUUUUUGAUCUCUUGGGCUUUUGCUCUGCCGUAUGCAAAGCUACGCCGUCUGGCUUCAAGCAUCUGCACUGUCUGGACAUGUGUGAUCAUCGUCUGCAAAAUGUUGUACCAGCUCCAAACCAUCAAGCCUGAGAACUUUUCUGUUAACUGUUCCUUGCCAAAUGAAAAUCAAACAAACAUACCCCUUCAGGACCUGAACAAAUCUCUACUCUACAAUGCUUCCAUUGAUCCAACAGAGUGGGUCGGCCUGAGGAAGUCUUCUCCUUUGCUCGUCUACCUGAGGAACAAUCUGCUGAUGCUGGCUAUCCUGGCCUUUGAAGUCACCAUUUACCGCCACCAGGAAUACUAUCGAGGCCGAAACAACCUCACAGCGCCUGUGUCUAAAACUAUCUUUCACGACAUUACAAGACUACAUCUAGAUGAUGGGCUUAUUAAUUGUGCCAAAUACUUCAUAAAUUACUUCUUCUACAAAUUUGGUCUGGAGACCUGUUUCCUAAUGUCAGUGAACGUGAUCGGCCAGCGAAUGGAUUUCUAUGCCAUGGUUCAUGCCUGCUGGCUAAUUGCUGUCCUAUAUCGGCGCAGAAGAAAAGCCAUUGCGGAGGUCUGGCCCAAGUACUGCUGCUUCCUGGCAUGCAUCAUCACCUUCCAGUAUUUCAUCUGCAUCGGCAUCCCGCCUGCUCCUUGCCGAGAUUACCCGUGGAGAUUCAAAGGUGCCAGCUUCAACGACAACAUCAUAAAGUGGCUGUACUUCCCAGAUUUCAUUGUGCGGCCCAACCCCGUGUUUCUCGUCUACGACUUCAUGCUGCUCCUGUGUGCCUCCUUACAACGGCAGAUUUUUGAAGACGAGAACAAAGCUGCAGUGCGCAUAAUGGCAGGGGACAAUGUCGAGAUCUGCAUGAACCUUGAUGCGGCCUCCUUCAGCCAACAUAACCCUGUACCAGACUUUAUUCACUGCAGAUCUUACUUGGACAUGUCCAAAGUGAUCAUCUUCAGCUAUCUCUUCUGGUUCGUUCUCACCAUCAUCUUCAUCACUGGGACGACCAGGAUCAGCAUAUUUUGCAUGGGUUACUUGGUGGCCUGUUUCUAUUUCCUGCUCUUUGGAGGCGACUUGCUAUUAAAACCCAUCAAGAGCAUCCUGCGCUAUUGGGACUGGCUGAUUGCAUACAACGUUUUUGUGAUUACGAUGAAAAAUAUCCUGUCAAUAGGAGCAUGUGGAUACAUUGGAACACUGGUCCAAAACAGUUGCUGGUUGAUCCAAGCUUUCAGCCUGGCCUGCACAGUCAAAGGCUACAAAAUGCCUGAUGAUGAUUCACCCUGUAAACUACCCAGUGGUGAAGCAGGAAUUAUUUGGGACAGCAUAUGUUUUGCCUUCCUCCUGCUGCAAAGGAGAGUUUUUAUGAGUUAUUAUUUCCUACAUGUUGUGGCAGAUAUAAAAGCUUCACAGAUCCUGGCAUCAAGAGGGGCCGAACUUUUCCAGGCCACAAUUGUGAAAGCUGUAAAGGCAAGAAUUGAGGAAGAGAAAAAGUCCAUGGAUCAGCUGAAGCGACAGAUGGAUCGCAUCAAGGCCAGGCAGCAGAAAUACAAAAAGGGUAAGGAGAGGAUGCUGAGCUUGACCCAGGAGCCAGGAGAAGGCCAGGACACCCGAAAACUCUCUGAAGAGGAUGAUGAAAGAGAAGCAGACAAACAGAAAGCCAAGGGCAAAAAAAAGCAGUGGUGGCGGCCUUGGGUUGAUCAUGCUUCCAUGGUCAGGAGUGGAGAUUAUUAUUUGUUUGAAACGGAUAGUGAAGAGGAGGAAGAGGAAGAAUUAAAGAAGGAAGAUGAAGAACCCCCACGAAGGUCAGCAUUCCAGUUUGUUUAUCAAGCCUGGAUUACUGAUCCUAAAACAGCACUCCGACAGAGACGCAAAGAGAAAAAAAGGUCUGCAAGAGAAGAGCAGAAACGAAAGCAAAAAGGAUCCGGGGAAGGGGCCAUGGAAUGGAAUGACCAGGAGGAAGAACGCGUCAAAAAGAAAUCUGAUGGACCAGAUAAUAUCAUCAAGAGGAUAUUUAAUAUUUUGAAAUUUACCUGGGUCCUUUUUCUGGCAACAGUGGACAGUUUCACCACUUGGCUUAACUCCAUUUCAAGGGAGCAUAUUGAUAUCUCUACAGUUCUGAGAAUUGAAAGAUGCAUGCUGACCAGAGAAAUUAAGAAGGGCAAUGUUCCAACUCGGGAGAGCAUCCACAUGUACUAUCAGAACCACAUCAUGAACCUUUCCAGAGAGUCAGGACUGGACACAAUUGACGAACGUCCUGGAGCUGCUUCAGGUGCACAGACAGCCCACAGGAUGGAUAGUUUAGAUUCACAUGACAGUAUCUCCAGCUGCUACACUGAAGCAACCAUGCUGUUCUCAAGGCAGUCUACCCUUGAUGAUUUAGAUGGACCAGAAACUGUUCCUAAAACAAGUGAGCGUGCUCGGCCUAGGCUCCGUAAAAUGUUCAGCAUGGAUAUGUCCUCCUCAUCAGCUGACAGUGGCAGUUUAGCAUCAAGCGAGCCCACUCAGUGCACCAUGCUGUACUCGCGCCAGGGGACCACCGAGACCAUCGAGGAAGUCGAGGCUGAGCAGGAGGAGGAGGCGAGGGGCACGGCUCCCGAGCCCACGGGGGCCGAUGGCGAGUCCGAGGCCGAGGACCAGGCCGAGGACGAGGCGGGAGCCCUGAGCCUGGAGGAGGCGGGCCUGACCCCCGAGGAGGAGUUGGCGCAGUUCUCCGCUGUGGACAGGGACGUGGAGGUGCCGCCCUCCUACAGCAAGGCCGUCAGCUUCGAGCACCUGUCCUUCGCCUCACAGGACGACUCCACAGGCAAGAACCACAUGGUGGUCAGCCCCGACGACAGCCGCACCGACAAGCUGGAGUCGAGCAUCUUACCGCCCCUGACGCACGAGCUGACAGCCAGCGAACUGCUGCUGAACAAAAUGUUUCACGACGAUGAGCUUGAAGAAUCAGAGAAAUUCUACAUGGAACAGCCCCGGUUCUUGCUGCUCUUCUAUGCCAUGUACAACACUCUGGUCGCCCGCUCAGAGAUGGUGUGCUACUUCGUGAUCAUCCUCAACCACAUGGUCUCGGCCUCCAUGAUCACCCUCCUGCUCCCCAUCCUCAUCUUCCUCUGGGCCAUGCUGUCUGUGCCCAGGCCCAGCCGCAGGUUCUGGAUGAUGGCCAUUGUCUACACCGAGGUGGCAAUUGUAGUCAAGUAUUUCUUCCAAUUUGGAUUCUUUCCCUGGAAUAAGCAUGUGGAAUUAUACAAAGAUAAACCUUACCAUGCCCCAAAUAUCAUAGGAGUGGAGAAGAAGGAAGGUUAUGUUCUCUACGACCUCAUUCAGCUCCUGGCUCUCUUCUUCCACCGGUCAAUUUUGAAGUGCCACGGCUUAUGGGAUGAAGAUGACAUUGUUGAAAGUGGCUCAGACCAGGAAGACUCUGAUGAUGAGCUCUCCCUGGCCCGUGGCAGAAGAGACUCCUCUGACUCCCUCAAGUCCAUUAACUUGGCCACGUCCGUGGAGUCAGUGCACGUUACCUUCCCGGAGCAGCCCGCGGCCAUACGCAGGAAAUGCUCCGGCAGCAGCUCCCAGAUAUCCCAGAGGUCCAGCUUUUCUUCAAAUAGAUCCAAAAGAGGCAGCACAAGCACUCGAAACAGCAGUCAAAAAGGAAGCAGCGUUCUGAGCAUUAAGCAAAAAAGCAAAAGGGAAUUUUAUAUGGAAAAACUUCAAGAACAUUUAAUCAAAGCAAAAGCUUUUACCAUCAAGAAGACUCUGCAAAUAUACGUGCCCAUCAGGCAGUUCUUUUACAACCUCAUCCACCCGGAGUACAGCGCUGUGACCGAUGUGUAUGUGCUCAUGUUCCUGGCUGACACUGUGGACUUCAUCAUCAUUGUCUUUGGCUUUUGGGCCUUUGGGAAACACUCAGCAGCCGCAGACAUCACCUCCUCGCUGUCAGAGGACCAGGUCCCAGGGCCAUUUUUGGUGAUGGUCCUCAUUCAGUUUGGAACCAUGGUGGUGGACCGAGCCCUCUACCUCAGGAAGACCGUAUUGGGAAAGGUGAUUUUCCAGGUCAUCCUUGUGUUUGGAAUUCACUUCUGGAUGUUCUUCAUCUUACCUGGUGUGACUGAGAGGAAAUUCAGCCAGAACCUGGUUGCCCAGCUUUGGUAUUUUGUGAAAUGUGUUUACUUCGGAUUGUCUGCCUACCAAAUCCGCUGUGGCUACCCAACACGAGUCCUUGGAAAUUUCCUUACAAAGAGCUACAAUUAUGUCAACCUCUUCUUGUUUCAAGGCUUCCGCCUCGUCCCGUUUUUGACCGAGCUGAGGGCAGUGAUGGACUGGGUGUGGACAGACACAACCCUGAGCCUCUCCAGCUGGAUCUGCGUGGAGGACAUCUACGCCCACAUAUUCAUCCUCAAGUGUUGGCGGGAGUCGGAAAAGAGAUACCCUCAGCCCCGGGGCCAGAAGAAGAAGAAGGUGGUGAAAUACGGCAUGGGGGGCAUGAUCAUUGUCCUGCUCAUCUGCAUCGUCUGGUUUCCUCUUCUCUUCAUGUCUUUGAUCAAAUCUGUGGCUGGCGUCAUCAACCAGCCCCUGGACGUCUCUGUCACAAUCACCCUGGGAGGGUACCAGCCUAUUUUCACAAUGAGUGCCCAACAAAGCCAGUUGAAAGUUAUGGACCAGCCCACGUUCAAUUCAUUUCUAAAAAAUUUUUCUAGGGACACCGGUGCUAUGCAAUUUCUGGAAAAUUAUGAAAAAGAAGAUAUAACAGUAGCAGAACUGGAAGGAAACUCAAAUUCUUUGUGGACCAUCAGCCCUCCCAGUAAGCAGAAAAUGAUACACGAACUCAUGGACCCCAAUAGUAGCUUCUCUGUUGUUUUUUCAUGGAGUAUUCAGAGAAACUUAAGUCUGGGUGCAAAAUCAGAAAUAGCAACAGAUAAGCUUUCUUUUCCUCUUAAAAAUAUUACACGAGAAAGUAUCGCUAAAAUGAUAGCUGGCAACAACACAGAAAGUUCAAAAACACCAGUGACAAUAGAAAAGAUCUACCCAUAUUACGUGAAAGCACCUAGUGAUUCUAACUCAAAACCUAUAAAGCAACUGUUGUCUGAAAAUAAUUUCAUGGAUAUCACCAUCAUUUUGUCCAGAGACAAUACAACUAAAUCUAACAGUGAGUGGUGGGUUCUCAACCUGACUGGAAAUAGAAUAUACAAUCAGCAUUCUCAGGCCUUGGAGCUGGUAGUCUUCAAUGACAAAGUCAGCCCUCCCAGUCUGGGGUUCCUGGCUGGCUAUGGUAUCAUGGGAUUAUAUGCUUCAGUUGUCCUCGUGAUUGGGAAAUUUGUCCGUGAAUUCUUCAGUGGGAUUUCUCACUCCAUCAUGUUUGAAGAGCUUCCAAACGUGGAUCGGAUUUUGAAGUUGUGCACAGAUAUUUUUUUAGUUCGAGAGACAGGGGAGCUGGAACUAGAAGAAGAUCUCUAUGCCAAGUUAAUAUUCCUGUACCGUUCUCCAGAAACAAUGAUUAAAUGGACUAGAGAAAAAACAAAUUGAAGCCUAAGGACACAGACUGCAAAUAAAGUUAACAUUUGAAUUUUUUUUUAAAAAGCACAAUAUUCUCGUAAGAGCUAAGCAUUUCUAGUUCGAUGGAAAUGGUUUCUCUUCUGACAGGUGGCCAAAAGGAGCUGACUUCCUUUUGCAGUAAAAGCUACCUUGCAAGUUAGGGCGCUGUUGAAGACCUUAUUUGUAAUUCCAGUUCUCCGAAAUCAGGGCUACUUGCUUUAUGUUUUAAUCAACAGUGUCUUGCAUUCUGAUUGACUAUGUGAAGGAAUCAUUCUUGGGUCCCCUCCCUCAGAGAAAUCGGAAGGAGUCGGAAGGAAAGCUGCCAUGUGCUUUUCUCUGUGGGGACGGCGCCCUUCCUAGGGAGAUGCUAUAACGCAAUACGUAGCUCUCCUGCACCGCUGGGGCAGCCACGUGGCGAGGGUGGAAGAGCCUUCAGCACACUUAAAUAUGCAACAGCAAUAGGAGGCUGGCAGCUCCCACACGUGUCUCCAGGGGGACAAGAGAGAAAGGGAACCAAGGACUCAAGAAGAUGCCAGUGGAAGGAUAAGCCUCAUUCUAAGCAAAAAGAUAACAUUAGUGAUACUCUUACUGCCUUAUCUUAAUUGAAGACUAAAAAGAAAUUUUUCCAUUAAACACCAGUGACUUCUCAGGAAAAAAAAAAAAAAGAAAAAGCAGCAAAACAAAUUACGUGGACACCUGCUUUGUUGAGGUCGGUCAUGACUGUCUUCAACCAGAGCGACUAUUCCGCUUCAGAGGGCUGCUGUCGUGAAAACCGACAUGAGACAGAAAGACCUACAACAGAGGCCAACCCAGUAGGAUUUGGAAUACUUUGACUUUGUAACUCUUUAAUAACUGAGGUCAGGAUCAGUCUUCCGCCUUCCCUGUCCUUCAGCGUGCUUUCUCCCGUUUCCAUGACUUAAGGCAAUGGUUUUUCCAGUAUAUGACAUUUUCCUUCCUGUUUUUCAGGUAUAUCAAAGAGUUUACAUAUUCCAAUUCACAUUUUUACAUUUGAGACGGGUUUUUUAAGUUCAUAAUUAUGGAAGAAAUAUGUAUAUUGAGCUUGGGGAAAUAAAAAUGGCCUUUUCUUAAAUUAUUAUCAUUGGUAAUACAACCUCUUCAUUAAAUAACAAUGUAGCAUGAAAAAUUUAUGAUUGAAAUGUAGUUUUCAUUCCAUAUUAAAAUACAAUUUCUGAGACAAAUCUUCGAAUAGGCUAGAAUAUGUAAAAAAAAAUCGAUCCUGUGUAGUUUGGGUUCAGGACUGAGUUCAAAUAAAGUACAUCUUGCAAAGUCA